AUGGCUAACUAUCUCGCCUCCAUUUUCGGAACAGAACAGGACAAGGUCAACUGCUCCUUCUACUAUAAGAUUGGCGCCUGCCGCCACGGCGACAGAUGCUCGCGAAAACACGUCAAGCCGUCCUACAGCCAGACCAUCCUCCUACCGAACCUCUACCAGAACCCGGCGUAUGAUCCAAAGAACAAGAUGAACGCGUCGCAACUGCAGAACCACUUUGACGCUUUCUACGAGGACUUCUGGUGCGAGAUGUGCAAGUAUGGCGAACUCGAGGAGGUGGUGGUUUGCGACAACAACAACGACCAUCUGAUCGGCAACGUCUAUGCGCGAUUCAAGUACGAAGACUCGGCGCAAGCAGCGUGCGACGCGCUGAAUAGUAGAUGGUAUGCUGCGCGGCCGAUAUACUGCGAAUUGAGUCCCGUCACCGAUUUCAGAGAGGCAUGUUGUCGAUUGAACUCGGGCGAGGGCUGUGUACGAGGCGGAUUUUGCAAUUUCAUCCACAGAAAGGAACCGAGUCCCGAGCUCGAAAGGGAACUGGAGCUCAGCACGAAGAAGUGGCUGAAGGAGCGCGGCAGAGAUGACAGGAGCGUGACCCGAAGUCCCAGCCCCGAACCGACGAGGAAGAGAUUUUAG